AUGUCUCAAACAAAUGCCCGAGAGGCGUAUGCUGGCUCGGAUGCGUUUGUUCGAGAACGAGUCACACAAAUUUCUCAGUUGUUACAGUUGGUAGACAAUGAAAAACUCGUGCCAGGAGAAGUCACCCACAAUCCGCGAACUCUUCUACAACGUCUCCCAAGACAUAUGCGACGCAGGGCGAUGAACAAGAAUUUUAAGCGCUUUCCACGAAGAUUACACACAACGGCCAAAUCCUUCAUUACGACACCGUACAAAAAGAAGCCACCUAGUCGUUUUGCUCGUCGACGAACAAGGUGUCGUUUGAUGGCCUAUUUUCGCCGUCGGAAGUGCAGUCACUGGCUAGAAACACACGUUUGGCAUGCGAAACGCUUCAGAAUGACUGAGAGAUGGGGCUACAAGUUGCCACUAAAGAGUUUUCAGCACGCCUUUCGUCCAAUCCACCGGGCCUCCCUGCGGUCUUGUUGUAUACGGGAUAUGAGCUACUUAAGCGUAUUUGCGAUCAGGUGCUCUUCGCAAGAAACGAUCUUGAAAAAGAUUAAUGCAUUGAGUCUAUCAAAUUCAGGACUAAAGUUUUCGCAUAAUAAAGCCGGUUUGCAUGAGCUUAGUAUUCUACUUUACGAUCCCGAAUUGAAACCACAAGGCUUUAUUGGGCCGGCUCGAUUCAGCUGGAUUCGUUUGGGAUCGCAACAUUGUUUGAUUCUAUGGAUACAUCCAGCAACACACAAAGAAAUACUAAAACAUUUGAUUGCAAUUUUUGAGUUAAAGCCAGAGAAUCAACAAGAUGAGGAAACAAAACAAACGGAUUCCAAGAAAAUCGGCAUUCAAAAACAAUCUACAGUGAAAUACACAGGAAGUGAUGGCGUCGAGGUUGAAGAUUUGCGCAAUCAAUUAUCCCGUUUUCGUCUUUUUGGACCCCGGUCGCUUGAAACGAUUCAAAAAGUGUUUAAACUCGUCGAUUUGGACCCACAAGAUUCUUCCUCAAAGCUCAUAAAAGAAAACUGGGAGAAAAUCUCACGAAAGGAGCCACUUAUAGAUGGAUCAUUUUUCUCGUUUCCCGUUCAAGAUGUACGGCUGAAUAUGUAUUCGAAAAAGACGCACUCAUCACCAAAUAGUGAUUUGGAGGAAAAAGAUUUUGUCGGGAAAACGAAAGUGAUUCCUUCAUUAUUCAACAACGUCGAUCGAAUUGCCGCCAUAAAGAAACGAGUGACAACAGCGAGUUUUGAUAGUGAGCGGAAAAAUUUUAUCUUCAAUAAUGUGGCAGCAAAAGUCGAUAAUCAGAUUCCUAUUCAAGUCAUUACGCGAAGCAAGGGCACUGGUUGUUUUCAGUCGUUGGAUGGUGCGGAAGUUGUAGCUCCGAGUGAAUUUGCUAUGGACAUCUGGAUGGCCUUUCAAUAUCAUGCUUGUGCAGCCUCAUCUCUUCACGAUCACGAAGCAGCCCAUUUAGAGUCUUCAUCUUUCCUUUUCCCCACAGAUGUUCCCGAUUGUCGAGCCGGUGAUCAAGAGUUUAAACGAAUUGCGGAUGAAUUGGAGGAACGUGAAUUGGCGAGACCAUUCAACAAACGAAUUCCUUAUUGGUCGAGGUUCUCCAUUCGGUUUCCAUUCACUUUCGAGUGGAAUCUUUUAGCCCAGGAAUGGGGUGCGCAAGAAGAUUCGUACGUUCUUCGUGAUCGUUCGUCAUUGGUCGCUCUCGAAAAUUGGUUUGUUGGACGGGUUGCACAAUUUCCCAUCGAUCUGAAGGAUACUUCUACGCUGGUUCCAGUAAAGAUCAGAAUGUUGGCGGGAGGUGUUCCAAAGAGAUUUUCCAUUCUUUGUAUACCAAAUGAGGAUGACUUGAAGAGUUUCGGGAAGAAUCCACGAACGAAAAUUGAACAGCCACGCUCUGGACAGAUGGAAGUAGAUGAGAAAAUGGAUGUGGCUGACGAGAAAGUUGAGGAUUCGGAAGAACGGUUGAUCGGUUUCGACUCAUUUGCCGAUGUGAUCAGUCUCGACCCAGUAGGCCCAUCAGUGAAGAUUUCCAUUGCUGCAAUGUUUCCGAAGUGUCAAAUUGUGGAAAAAUCGAUGAAACGAAAGUUGUUAAACGCGAAAAAGAAAGCGGCAGCAAAGCGACGAAAGACGGAGGCCGGAUUGAGGGCGGCAAGGGCACAAAAAGAAGACGAAGAAAAGGUGAAAGCCGGAUAUCGAACGAGUGCGAACAGGGAAAUUUGCGGCCGAGUCGUUCGUGGUGAUUUCACCUUUACCGAAUCGAGGGGUGUCGGAAUUGGCUUUCUCCCGAUUGGUUCUCUUGCAGUGAUACCCAAAUACAAGAAUAAACGAGUGGUUUUGGUGCGGAACACGUCAUCGAAAUUCUACCGUCUCGCCACGAUCUCCAUCCUACAAACGAGCACUGAAAUU